AUGUCUCUGUUCCGUGGCGCUCAGUUGCACCCAGCUCUCUGUAUCCAGAUCUCCUCCUCUCUCCUCCACUGCCUCAGCUCCUGGGUCUUCAACUCCCUCAUGAGGAGGUGCCCUCAGCCUGCAGACCUGCGCUCUGCACACUGGGGGGCGACACUGAGGCUGAGGCUGCGUCCCAUCCAGGCCUGGGCCGAGAGGCAGGGGCUGGAGCUGGCAGCACAGGCACACCUCAGCCUCCUCACACAGGCGGUGGCGCUCCUGACCCGGGACCCCUGUGUGGACCUCACGGCUCAGAACUUCAGACUGAAACCGGAUCAGGUCCACAGACUCCUGCAGGACCAGGAUCAGCACAGAGACCGGGUCCCCAACUCAGUGCAGACUCAGGACUGCCACCUGGAGGAGCCCCUGACCCUGGACUUGCCCCUCCUGCUGCCUGAACAGGGGUACUGCAGCCACAGUAUGCGGGGGGUCCCGCUGGGGCUGAGGGAGUUCAUGGAGGCGGUGUGUGACCAGGGCGUGGUCACGGUGACCCCAGAACCUCACGCCUCAGACUGGACCAUCCACUUCAGCGACUGCUCCUCAGAGACCCUCCUGGUGGGAGCAUGUGGUAGUCCAGGCAAAGACAAGAGCUCCAUCUUGGUGUUGUGGGCGUACAUCCAGCCACCAUGUUUGUGUUGUAGCAGUGCAUAG